AUGGUGCUAGUGCAUUCCCCAGGACGCGUGGCAGUGCUCCGGAGAAGACGCUCGGGCACGCUGAUGCCCCGGGUAAAAUUCUGGAACAUUCAGGAGACCAGCGACAGCGAGCGACUGAGUGACGUCCGCCACACGCAGAAUUCCUCCGGAGAAGCUGCCAGUAAGCUGCCCCCGAGCGUACGCUUUCCUUUCGCAUUUUGCGUGGUUGUCCACGUCAGAGAAGCGUUUGCUCUGAAACGGGGAGGAACGCGUCAGUACGCCACACGUGAACCCUCCACGAAGCCCCUCGUGCGAGCGUUCAGGAGACAAAACGCAAACAACGGCUGGCGCAACAUUGUGGCGUAG